GCCCACGCCCCUUUCGCUAUCUCGCGACAGCUGGCGAAGCCUCGCUUCCGGCCGGCUCACUUACGGACCUAGCGUCACUUCCGCCUCCUCCGGCGAGGCUCCGGCCUCGGGUCCGGAUGUAUAAGGCGCGGCCCCCUGCGGGGAGUGGUGGUGAGUCCGAGGGUGCCACAACGGCCCUGCCCCUGCCCCUGCCCUUAGUGGGCGCCGCGCUAGGGGGAGGGGUUAACCCACCCCCUCCUCCCCGGGGCCUCACGCGGGUGGGAAGAGACAGUCCCAGCGACAGACCAGGCGCCUGGACGCGCCGUGGCCCCGCGUGCGGACGGCGGGGACAGGCUCCGGUGCUGAGCGCCUCCGGUGUCCCCAGCAGCACUGACCCACUUGCAGGCCCCGGAGCUGAGCCGCCAGCCAUGGCCGCUCCCCGCGGGAGGGCCGCGCCCUGGACGACGGCCCUGCUGCUGCUCCUAGCCUCGCAGGUCCUGUCUCCGGGAAGCUGCGCGGACGAGGAGGAGGUCCCCGAGGAGUGGGUGCUCCUGCACGUCGUCCAGGGCCAGAUAGGCGCCGGGAACUACAGCUACCUGCGGCUGAGCCACGAGGGCAAGAUAGUCCUCAGGAUGCGCAGCCUCAAGGGUGAUGCGGACCUGUACGUCUCCGCCAGCAGCCUGCACCCCAGCUUCGACGACUACGAGCUGCAAUCGGCCACUUGCGGCCCGGACGCCGUGUCCAUCCCCGCGCACUUCCGGCGCCCAGUGGGCAUCGGCGUCUAUGGACACCCCUCCCACCUGGAGAGCGAGUUCGAGAUGAAGGUGUACUACGACGGCACGGUCGAGCAGCACCCGUUCGGCGAGGCCGCCUACCCCGCCGACGGCGCAGAAGCCGGCCAGAAGCACGCUCGUGCCCCGGAAGACGCCUCGCAAGAGGAGGAAUCUGUUCUCUGGACGAUAUUAAUUAGCAUUUUGAAACUGGUACUUGAAAUUCUCUUUUGAGUCGUUGACCACACUCUGGGAUAUAAAACUCUCCAUCUGUGAAGCUGAUUGCAGUUUGCUGUGAACCUUGCUACUUGUACUUGGUUGAAGUUCUAGGUACCUUUUUUUAGUCAAGGGAUGGAAAAAUAAAGCCAUACGCAGUUUUGUUACCUCAGUUACCCCAAAAAUAGGAAAAGCAGCAAGCACAGUAUUUUAAAGAUCAAAAUUCCUAUAAAAGGACUGUGCACAAAGUGUUUAGACUCCAUUUUCAUUAGGCAGGUUGACUAAAAAUGAUUGCAGUAACAGGUUUAUAUAAAAUAGAGCAACCUUUCAUGCUGUGACACAAAUCAAAAGGUUGAUAACUUUGUAAUUUUACUCUGGAGAUUCUAACCGAAGUUGGUGUAAGUUUUCAAGAGUUACUAAAAUCAAGUUGGAAAUGAUUUACGUACACUUCCCUGAGCCUGGACUAAAGCCUCAUGCCUGUACCCCAAGUAGGUGAUGGUACUUUUCUAUACAAAAAGGAUUUCCUGGCAGGCAGGUAUUUACAAAGUUUGUUCCUGUACCAGUCCAAUAAUGACAACUCUAAAUCCAGCUGCACCAAAUCUUAGUGGGCCAUUUGUCAUACCUAUGAAAAUUCUUCAGUUAUUAAAUAACUUUGUCAGUGCUACCUAUGGUAGGCCGGAAACAAUGUAGAUUAGGAAGUUUCAUGAAAAUUAACUUUUGGGGCUAUGGAGAAACAGUUAAGUAUCUUAAGUUACUAAACAUUUCCACUGAAUUUUUGGAGUGAGCCAAGGUUACUAUAAAAUACUUUGGAAGAUGAAUUCUCUACCUGGAGUUAGUUUCGAGAGUAAGCGUAGCUUUUAACAGAAAUAACUGCAGAUUUUAAGCUCAUAAUUUGCAAAAAAAAUCUUUUAUUGGCAUGAAAAUGAAAAUGUUGUAAAUGGCACCAAAUAUUCCACUUAAAUGCAUAUACAGUAUUAGAGUCAAAAACUAUUUUAUCCCUCUUUGCUGUUUUUCCCCCUUCUGCCCACUUUCCUGGGUGUUGGGGGGGCCCGCUGACAACAGUCACAAAUCCAGCGACCUAGGAAAAAAAUUGUUAAUAUAGAAUGAAAAAUUAUCUUUACAGGACUGAAUUUUAAGCCCAUCUAAACUCUUCUUCCUUAGCUAUCACUAAUGAUAUUCCUCUGUGGAUUUUGUGGUGAGAAGGGCACUAUGAGUUCCUUAAUUUAAGGAAAAAAUGUAAACUUAAUCAAUGUAAUCAAUGCCAUGCAAAAUUCAUUGCAAGUCAAGGGGGAUGGGAGAGAUGCAAUGCCAUACGGUGAUAUGGACCUUUAAGAAAGUACAAUCUUUCCUGAAAUUCAAACACUAUCAUACUUCAAAAGUUCAAUACAUACUUCAAAAGGUCAAAACCCAUUCCGGAAUUUGGCUUUUUUAAGACUUUUUCUCUCCUGCUCACUGGCAGCUGUGUGUCUUAACAGCAUUCUUUCAAGUCCUGGUGUACUCUGCUGACAGCACUUUAAAACUUUAACAGCACAAUGAUAACUUGUACUACAUACUUGAUCUGAAUUACUACAGAAAAAUAAUUAUGUUGCUUGCUUAAUGAUUCCCAGGAAACUUCGUUGUAGGCAUAUAUUUUAUAAGAGUAUUAUACAGUGUUAACUAUGCAAGUAAGUUCUAAAAUUACACAAUUAUCUGUGUAAUGUUUUAGUCCAAUUACUGUGAUUUAUUCAACUCUGUUCUAAAGUUAUCUGGAAUUGUCAUGCUGCCUCAAUUUACAGAAAUCUAUAAUAGAUUUCUAUAGAAAUGUAUAAAGACGUAGCAGUCAUUUUGUUGUUUCUAAAUAGAUAACAUAUAAAAAUAAAGGCUUUGUUACUUGAGUAUUUCAGUAGAAAAACACCAGCUCAUUCUAUAGAACUAUACUUCCAAAACUUAGCAGGGGCAUUCUGGCCUUUCACUUAUCCUUUAGUUGGAAUUGUCUAGGGAUGAAAAGCUGGUGGACAUGACCUGUAUAAUCACACAGCUUUGGUCAUAUUUGCACAUAAGAGUCCACAAGCUCUUCAUGUCAUGAUAGCGUUUAUGCAGCCUUUUGGAGUGCUGGGAGAGUCUCAUCACCCAAAGAUAAUGUUUGCUCUUUUUUUAAUCUUUACCUGAUGGAAUAGCACCAAGGCCCACACAAAAAGUAUGAUAACCUCUGUCACACAUAUCACAGAACAUCAUUUCUUCUUCAUGGUGGGGUUGUCCACAUAUAAUGCAUGUUUUACAUUCCAUACACUGCCAUGGGUAGGUCUUAAUCAUAGAAACAAGCUCCAUUGUCAUAUCCAGGCAAGAAGGAUGGCCUAAAUCAAAACCAGUAUUAGUGGUAUCUCACAUAAGAAAUUUUAACUUAAUAGGGCACAUAAAAUACUAGUUUGCUUUAGGACUUCCAGAGAAUGGCUAUAAUGUCAAAUCGCCAAAGAGAAAUGAAUAUACAAUGUAGAGGAAAACACAUGGGCUGUGUCUAUGCCUCACAAGCUACCCUGUGUAUUUAAUUUGGUGACUCUUUGGUUGAAAUCUGCCUGAAACUAUAAAUUCUAGUUUUUGAACCAAUAAAUACGGUGGUUAAAAUUUUAAAAAGACAUUUCAAUACUUACCACUAUUCUCACAUUGGGAGCAGUGUAUAAGUGAUUCAGCCUUUCCUUUCUUGUUGGACUCCUUACCCUUCAGACAAAUUCCACAUAUAGCAUUUGGAAUGACCUUUGGCUGGAAGGGUAGAAGAGGGCUAUAAAUUCAUGCCAGAAGAGCUUACUAUGGGUUUAAAAGGAAUUCUGUUACUUUAUUGCCCUAUUUUUACUUUUGGUAACUUGCUAAUGAGGACCAUUUUGAAAGACAAAACUUGACAGGAGUCUGCCUACAAUGUAAGACUGCCUACUGAAGAAAGCAUUAAUUUCAUCAUAAAAUUUUGUAAACAGCAUGAUCUCAUAAGAUUAAAUGUAGCAUUCUAUACUCCCUACAUGCACAGUAAGAUUUGUUUAAUGAAUGGAAGGAAAGACUAAAUACAAUGUCAAAUGUCACUACUAAUUGGACAAGAAAAUCCAAGUAGCAAAUGACCAUUAUGUGUAAGACUUACUCUAAAAAGACCAUUUUAAAUAGCUCAUAUAUUAAUUUUGUUUAAAAACUGCUAUUUUCCAAAACUGUAAAACUAGAGCUAUAAAAUCUAAGUUAAAAAAUCAGCUUAUCCUCAUUGGUAUAGUGGUAUUUAAAAAAAAAUCAGUUUAAACAUUUUUAAUUGAAAGAUGUCUCAUGCAUACAUUGGCGUGUACAUAAACGUUUGUGGAAAACUUA